UGCUUAAUUUUGUUACCCUCAAAGUGAUUUCGCUCUUUCAAACAAUUUGUUGAUCUUAUUUUCGUUUUAUUAUUAUUUCAUCUUUUACUCAUUUAACCUUGAUGGUGAUGGAAAUCAUCAUGUUAAGUAUAAUCAUAAUAAUGGAUGAUGGAGAUGAAGAGGAAGACAAAUGACGAAUAUCACUCAAUCUCUCUCUCUCUCUCUCUCUCCAUUUAUCAUCCAUUAACUUUUCUUCAUCUUCAUUCUUGUGGUUACCUGGAUGAUAAAAUUAAUUGUAACAAAGUAAUUGAUCCUCCCUGAAGUGUCUAUAAAUUAAUCAGCCUUAAUGAUGAUGAUGAAUAUUAUUAUUGACAACAAUUGACGCAAUUAAAUGUAAAAAAAAAGUAAAAUAAAUCACGAGGAGGCAAAAAUAGAAAGUACUUGACUUUUUAUCACUUUGUUACCAUAGAAUCGGAUUAGCAGAGUAAAUAGAUCCAAAGUUUUUUCUGAUAACUUCGAACCAAUGGGAGACAAGGGAAAAGAAAGAAAAUGGAAAAAGAAGAGAGAGAGAGAGAGAAUGAAAAUGAGUGAGAAAGAGGGAGAAAAAACUCUGAGAUUCAGUAACAAUUUAUUGUCACAAUCUCAUCAUCAUCAGCAUCGCCAUCGCGUACCAAAUGCUAAGCCAAAAGUAUUUGAACGUUAAACAAGAAAUAAUAAUGGCAGGUAAGGAAUCGCCAAUCGACUCGGCCCACAAUGAUAGUCUAAAAAAUAAGAUGACCGCCGAUUCAAAUGCCACUAAUCAGUUAACUUCAUCAUCAUCAUCAUCAUCGUCCUCAAAUAUAACCACUUCAAUUUCACCAUCUAAAUCAAACAUGAUUGAAAAUCCCAAGAUUGAAAUCACCAAAGAUCAAUAUGUUGUUCAUUCGGACCAAGGAUUGAAACAAGAGGAGUUUUAUUCAACUCAACAACCAAAUCAGUCCAACGAUGAGGAUAAUAAGAAAUCACAACAACAACAACAACAACAGAAUAAUAAUAUCAACAUGGACUUGAUUCCUUCUUCCCGUUCAUCACUUAAUCCCGAAGUUCCUUAUGUACCAGUUCAAUCUUUAGCGGGAUUUCAAUAUAGUUACGUUGUUCAAGGGCCAACAGGCCAUUCUAUGUCUACCUUACCUACGGGACACUCUGGUGAUAACGGAAAUGAGAAAAAUAUUAUUGGCGGAAAUUUAGUCCCAUAUUUUACUUCACCCGAUUCGUACGGAGGAUCAACUUCAUCUAAUGGGAAUGGUACAGAUAAUCAGCUUUCGGAAUCUAUUAAUCACAAUCCAUCAAAUUAUCACAUUUUAGUCUCAGCGCCAUGUUAUCGAAGUCAAUUACCAGCUGAAUAUGAAUACGGGAAGCACGGGAAUGUGUUAAUGUGGAGCGAUGUCAACACCUUUAUGGCGUCGAGAUGGAACAGGUCAUUAUUUGUGUAACGCUUGUGGUCUUUACUCAAAGAUAAAUGGUAUGAAUCGACCACCAAUUAAACCACACAAAAAGAUUCCCAAUAAUCGUCGGGCCGGAUUAUCGUGCUCAAACUGUGGCACUGGACAAACAACUCUUUGGAGGCGUA